AUGUGUCUUGAGAGGAAGAGAGUACCACCAGCAGAUCUUGGGAUAUGCCCAAGGCCUCCCCCUUGGAACACACCAUUGCCAGGCAUAAACCACAUAUCCAACACACGUUAUAUAGGAGAGAAUCUGUGUGAGUCUCCUACAGAGGGAAAUAUACUUGGUAAAACUGCACAGUACACCCCUAUAGAGGGGGACACACUAAGUGCAAUUGCGUAG